AUGAGCAAUUACAUGAAACCAAGGGUGCGAAAAAGGUUCGACGAAAAUGACAAAAAUGACGAAAAUGCUCUAAUUGAUGAAAACAGGAAAAAUAUUAGCCGUAGAAAUAGGGAGGCUACAAAUAUCUAUUAUACAAACAAAAAGUUAAAUGAAAAGUUAAACGGGAAAACGAGCGUAAUUACGGACAGUGGGGAGAAAACGCAGCUGUCUAGUAAGGGAGGCACUUGGAUAAAGCAUAUAAGUGGCCAUACUGCCCAGAAGGAAGAACGCGAAAGGGCUGAAACUGAGAACAAUGCCAACGCAGGGAGGAUGAAUGAUUCCGCACAGCGAAAAUAUCCAAAUUGUCAGAAAAUUAAAAGAAAAAAGAAUGCUAGAAGAAGAAUCUUGGAAGAAAUAGAAUAUCACGAAUGGGCAGACAGGGAAAAGAGAAUAAAAGAAUUACAAGAAAAAAAAAUGAAAUUGUUAAAAAAAGUAAUGAUACAAAGAGACACAGAAAAAGCAGAUAAAAUAUUUUACGAGGUCGAAAAAAUUGUUCAAAAUAGAGAUAAAAAUAAGGAUAAAAUUAUGGAAAAUUUUGAAAAGGAAAAAGCAAGAGAUAUGAGAAAUUUAUUUGUAGAAAGAAAAAAUAAUCUCAAAACAAUUUUUAAUGAAAAAACAGACAUAGUCGAUCAAAUGAAUGAUCACACUUCAAACUACAACUUGGAACUGGAAAGAAAUGGAACCGUCCCAGGAAAAAUAAACGAAAGGACGUCAAACAAAAUUGACAACCUCCUCAACCUGAAUGACCUCAACGACUUGAACAUCGAUUUGGAGAAAUCGUCCAAAUACACACAGGGGAAAAAGAAAUACGACGAGAUCUCUAAAUAUGAAGAGAAAAAGAAUAAGCAAAUCAUUGACACGUUUUACAGAUAUUUAAAUAAAGAGGAAAGAAAAUACACCUCAGACGAAUACCUGUUGGGAGAAUCCAUCAAAACGCAAAAGAAAGCACAGUGCACGAAAAUUAACUUCCCCUGGAUAGAGGUCAAGUCCAGUCAACAAGACAUUUUCGAAAAAAAUAUUUUGCAUUUACAAAAUUUCCUUAGGGGGAAAGCUAUAAAAAUGUUAAUGAAUGAUGGAAAACAAUCUUACAGCGAUUUAAUUGAAGAAUUAAGAGCGUAUGAAAAAAUAGAUCAAAUUAGUGCAAAGGAAAAAGAUCUAUUCGAAAAGGAAAAUUUUGAAGAAAUAAAAGUUGAUUCUUACUUAGAAAAUAUGCAAGGUAAAUACAUAUCCGAAUUGCUAGAUUCUUUAUCCAACGAAUUGGAGAAAUAUGAAGAAGAAAGGAAAAUAGCGGUGCUCGUCAAAUAUGCAGAAAGGGAAAGAAGAUUAAAGGAAUGCAAAGAAAAGGGAAAAAGACAAGCUGAGUUUUUAUUGAGAGAAAAGGAAGAUUAUAUAUUCAAUGAAAUCAUGGGACUGAAUAACCAAACCGUUGAUUCCUACUUGGAGGACAUUUUAAGUAAAGCAAUCAAUGAAGCAUCCAAGGAAGAAGCUCUGAUAAGGACCAAAAAAAAAGCUGAGCAGCUCAACGAAAUUUACAACUCAUUAGAUAAUAAUAGCGAUGAAAAUAACAAACUCAUAGUCAAAGAUCUGGUCGGUAACUUUAUCAUUCCGUAUGUAGAUAAACAGAGAGGAUUACAGUUUGAAUUGUUAGAACAGAAGAAAAAUAACUGCGUGUCGAAUUUUGCAACACAACACGUUUUUUCCAAAAUUAAUGAAGCUUUCUGA